AUGGACAACUCAAUGGAGCAAGUUUCAGUGGUGAAGUCUCCCAUCGAUGCUCAGAAUCAGAUCUUCAUCUUCAACUCGCCAGUACAUUACACGGACCAGCAGCUGCAGGAGCAGCAAUUGAUGACAUUUCCCCCAUUCCCGGGUCACAUCGACGGCAUUCAUGGUUACUAUGUGGUCUACAAACACGAUCACUACAUCGUCAGCAAUCCACCAGACUACAAGAGCCCGACAAAGCGCAGUUUCCUCAACGAGUGCAUUCGCCAACUGUAUGUGAUCAAUGGCAUGGCACAUCAUCUCAAUUGGCUGCCCACCUUCCCGAUGACCGAUCGCCAAAGACUGUGGCAACAAGUGGACUAUUGCCUGCGUCCCGAGCGUCUCACUGUCGAGGGCAGAGCAAUGAAGCAUGUGAAGCGCCAAUUGUUCAGAGAAUCGCAGCGUGAACGCAAAGUACUGCGCAGCAAAGUCAAUCGCAGCGUCUACUGGGGCACCACCACCGUCUCCAACUUUAGGAAUCUGCGCCAUCACAUUGGACGUCACCGUGUGAAGCGCAGCUACCUCACCGGAGUGCGACGCAAUGUGCUGCAGCAGCUGGUGCGUGAGAACGUUACACAGGAGAUGAUCAACACACCUUCAGUCUGCGAGGGCAUCAUCGUGGCCGCCGAACGCAUCUUCAAUGUGAAUCCCACUGUGAUGCAAACACUAACGGAGCGUGCCAAGGAAAUAUUUGCCAAGGAGAAGGCGCGUCUGGCAGCGGAGAAAACAGCUUACAUUCUGGAGGAGUCAGUGCGCUCGGUAAUCUAUGCCAAGCAACUGUUCCAUCUCAUUCAGAAUCCCGAGGAGCUUGCCUAUGCGGAGAAACAAAUACUCGAGAAUGGCUGUUAUUAA